AUGCUGGAAGACACAUGCCCUUUGGACAAUGGGCGACACGAAGAUCCUCCAAACACUCUAUUUUCGAUCGGGGAUUUGAACAGGCUGCCACUCGAAAUUCUACAAGGCAUACUGGUUGAUGGCAUAGACUUUGCGUCGUUAACAAGUCUGAGGAGGGUGAGUCGUGGCAUGCGAUCCACGAUCGAUUCACUGCCAAAGUAUAAAGCCAUAGUCACGCAUGCGCCCGCAAGUAUCCGUGCUGCAUUGAGCCUGGAAACUGGAAUAUACUGGUCAUGUUCUCAUCUGUACCAUGAGCUAUGCUCGAAUGCGUGCGUCUUCUGCGGACAUUUUGGGGCGAACUUGAAUGUGCUCAUUUGCAAACGCGUCUGCAUCGACUGCUUCACCACUGACGUCCAGUGCUUGCCGGUUGGAAGAGAGUAUGCCAAGGCCACUUGGUCUCUCAAGGAAUCGGAUCUGAAGAACUCAGAUACUCGUAUCCCCACUGCACGUACGCUGCCAUGGUACUAUGUUACACGUUUGUUUUCCAAGGGACACGCAAGUCGAAAGAGAAUCGAGCUCCUUGAACACACAGCGGUAGGCGCCAUCGCGAUCAAUAAAUAUGGCUCUCUGGAUGUCAUAUUACAGCAAGUCAACUGA